AUGCCGAGAAAUCUCCCAAAGAGGAACUCGCAAUCGCUUCGUCCCUACCUCCAGGCUGUGCGCAGCAGUCUAACGGCGGCCCUCUGUCUCUCCAACUUUGCUUCGCAGACGGCCGAGCGACACAAUGUGCCCGAGGUCGAGGCGCGCACGUCGCCCGAGGUGUUGCUGACGCCCCUGACGAUUGCCCGCAACGAGAACGAGCGCGUCUUCAUCGAGCCCAGCAUCAACAGUAUACGCAUUAGCAUCAAGAUCAAGCAGGCCGACGAGAUCGAGCACAUCCUCGUUCACAAGUUCACCCGCUUCCUGACCCAGCGUGCAGAGUCAUUCUUCAUUCUCCGGAGGAAGCCUAUCAAGGGAUACGAUAUCUCUUUCUUGAUUACGAAUUUCCAUACCGAGGAGAUGUUGAAGCAUAAGCUGGUAGACUUUAUUAUCCAAUUCAUGGAAGAAGUGGACAAGGAGAUCUCCGAGAUGAAGCUAUUCCUAAAUGCGCGGGCGCGCUUUGUGGCCGAGUCUUUCUUAACACCGUUUGACUGA